AUGGAGAACAAGCACCGGUCCCGGUCCCGCUCCCUCUCUAGACCGAGGACGGGCCGUUCCAGCUCAAGAUCCACGUCGGAGCCAGAUAUACCUCAGAUCCUGGAGCCAGAUAUACCUCAGAAAAGCGCCAACAUCAUCGGCCACACCUCCACGGGUGCUUGGACCGGGAGCGUGUACGACGCAGCCGACAAGGCUGCCAGCAUCGCCAGCCCUAGAACGUCGAACGCCACUCCGACGUCGGCUACGGGACCCACACCACACCUCAUCCGCGUCGAACCAGACGUAGUGGCAAAAUGCGUAGAGCAACCCAUCUACGAUCUCAACGUGGGAAACAUUACGGGUGCAAGAAGUGUUGAGGACCUCGAUCCUGAGUGGAGGAUGCUCGACGUUGAAGAAAACCCAAAAAAGGAAAGGCCCACAACAGCUAAGGUGUGUGGUGGGGCAGUCAGUUUCUCAUCGGCAGUGGAGACAAGAGCUCAAGCGACAGGCAGAGCAACACAGCGUUUGGAAAGAAAGAAAGUGGGUAAGGAGAAGAAGUCCAAAGACAAGAAGAGCAAGAGCAAAGACAAGUCCAAAGAGAAGAAGAGCAAGAGCAAAGACAACAAAAGCAGCAAGAGCAGCAAGAGCACCAAAGAGAAAGGGGGAGGCAAGUGCAAGUCGAAGAAGGCCAAGAAAGGCUCCUCUAAGGAAGGCAGAUCGAGAUCCAGAAGCAAGGAGAAGCCUGGCAAGGCAAAGUCCAGCAUGGAGAAGGUGGGCAAAGGAAGGAAGAAGGCGGACAAAGGCAGUAAGGAGAAGGCGAGCAAGAAGCGGGGCUCCAAGAGGCACAGCAACGAAAAGAGCAGCAAGGAGAAAGACAACAAGGAUAAGCAAAACAUCCUGCCGUUCCUGAGCCCGUUUCGGGGAGUCCACGGAGGACGCCACCAUCUGCCACGGCCAGGGGUGUCUCUACCGCUGUUGCCACUCUUCCGGGUGGUGCCCCAGCGCCAACAUCAUCGGCCACACCUCCACGGGCGCUUGGACCGGGAGCGUGUACGACGCAGCCGACGACGCUGCCAGCGACGCCAGCCCUAG